GUGACUACUAACCCACCAACUCGGCUUACUAGCGGGCCUUCCAAGGAAUCCCCUCCAUCAAACUGCACAAUAAUUUUCUAUUUUUCGCCACUUUACUUGGGACUUCCCCUCAGGUGGUUUCGAGAUUUUCUGCAAGGGGAUACAGGCGGCUCAGACAGGAAACUUACAGGCCACUCGUACCAAAACUCCCCACCAAGCGCCGACAAUUCCCGAAAAAGAAGCCAUUUUUUCAGAGAAUGAACUGGGCUGCCCACAUAAUUGGUGCCAACCAGCUUUGACUCACAUACAUAAUCAUAACCGACACGCCUUUCGACCGGUCGAGAUGCGGAACCUGCGCAACAUCGGGCACGGCGUCUUCCGGAUCCCGGAUUCAUCCUCGGCAACUGCACUUCCCAUCUCAGCGUCUUGCUGGGAUGUCGCCCGGGAUGAGGUGAUUAUCGCAUGCGGCCCGACGCCCGGGGACGCCCGUAUCGAGCUGCUCCGGGUUGCGAAACAUGACCAUCACACAUCACCAGCACAACUGCAGUCACAGAGCGUCGCAUCAUGGGAUGUCUCGAGCCCGAGCGAGAAUGGGGAGCCAGAUGCCAUCGUGGGCAUGCACUACUUCAGCGACACUUUGACAACGUGUGUCAUCAUGGCUGGUGGUGAUAUCAUCACGGUGACCGAAGACGAAGAGGGCGUCGCUAUUCCCGGCGAAGCCCAUGUCGAGAUCGUAGGCACCCUUCUGCCGUUUAUCGCCGCGGCCCGCUGGUCUCCAGAUGAGGAGUUGCUAGUUGUUGCUACCGGCGAUGCCAAGGUGGUGUUCAUGAGCCGGAGCUGGCAUGUCAUUUCCGAGGCCGUCCUGUCUGCCGACGACCUGAAGCUCUCCAAGCACGUCUCCGUCGGAUGGGGCAAGAAGGAGACGCAGUUUCAGGGGAGAGGUGCCAAGGCCAAAGCACUCAGGGAUCCUACCAUUCCUGAGAAGGUGGACGAGGGCACGCUGAGCCAGAAUGAUGAUGGCCGUUGCAGCAUCAGCUGGCGGGGCGACGGUGCCUAUGUCGCUAUCAACUUUCUCCAAGAAGGCGUGCGUCGUGUCAUCCGCGUCUUCAACCGCGACGGUGAGUUGGACAGCGUCAGCGAGCCUGUUGAUGGCCUUGACGGGAGUCUGAGCUGGCGGCCCGAGGGCAACCUGAUCGCCGGUAUCCAGCGCCUCCCUGACCGCGUGGACGUGGCAUUCUUUGAGAGAAACGGGUUGCGGCAUGGCCAGUUUACCCUCCGCGCCCCUGCUGAUAACGCUGGCGUACUCGAGCAUGUGGCCCUAGAAUGGAACUCCGAAUCAACGGUCCUUGCUGUGAUAUUGAAAGACCGGAUCCAGCUCUGGACCAUGGGCAACUACCAUUGGUAUUUGAAACAGGAAAUACUCUGUGGUCAUUCAGACAGCGUCGAUGCCCAAAAGCAGAAGCCCCUUUUCUCGUGGCACGCUGAGAAACCCCUUCGGCUCGCAGCAGCGGUCGCGGACAAGGUUCUUGUGAAUGAAUAUGCCCUCACAGUAUCCAGAGGGCCGACAACGGCUCCGCACGACCACGGAGCCGUGGCGGUUGUCGAUGGACAAACCAUCAAGUUUACACCUUUCCGGACUUGUAACCCGCCGCCCCCGAUGUCCAUGUGUGAGCUCGAAGUCGAGUCUCCCGUCAUCGAUGUGGCCUUUUCGACCGACUGCACCUCAAUGGCCGUUCUGCACCGAGUUGGUGUCAGCAUCUUUGCCCUCGAGGCCAAGGGCCCCCGCCUCUCUAGCCCGAAACUCUUAAAUAUGGCUACAUUUGAAAAGACGGCACCUCAGCUGUAUGAAGAGUCGUCGCUUCAAGUCGGCUUUUCCGGGCCCAACGAGCUUGAGGUCCUGUGCAUGACAGAGGACGUUGAGCUGUUGCGAUACGGAUUUGGCUCUGAGGGUACCAAGUCAUGGCUUACAACGGUUGCAGGCCCCAUCAUGACGAUAACAUCACCCGGAUCUACGUCGAUAGAGGGUGUGGUAGCCCAGGACUUGUCUGGCAGGCUUAGUAAGAUCUCUGGCGGAGAACAAUCGCCUUUGCCCGUUCAGUUUCCCACAUUCCUGCCAUGGGUUAGCUGCGUCGUGCAUGACGGCGAGCCCCUUGCGUUUGGAUUGUCGAGGGUUGGGCACCUCUAUGCAAAUCGGCGUCAACUUGCAAAGAAUUGUACUUCGUUCCUAGUUACAGACAGCCACCUCGUCUUCACCACUAGCAAUCAUUUCGUCAAGUUCGUUCACUUGGCUUCGGAACAAGAACUCGACGUUCCGGCGGAUGACCCCGAGAAGGACGAACGGUGCAGGAGCAUUGAGCGAGGCGGCCGGCUGGUCACCGCCAUUCCUACUAAGAUGGCCUUGGUCCUGCAAAUGCCGCGGGGAAACCUGGAGACCAUCUAUCCGCGUGCCAUGGUGCUAGCUGGCAUUAGAAGGUUAGUGGAACAGAAGGACUACGGCUCUGCGUUUGCGACAUGCCGAACCCAGCGUGUGGAUAUGAACAUCCUGUUCGACCACCGGCCUGAGCAGUUCUUGGAGAAUGUGGGCUUGUUCCUUGAUCAGGUGAAAGAUCCGGCCAACGUCGACUUGUUUCUGUCGUCGCUCAAGGAGGAAGACGUUACCCAGACCAUGUAUCGGGACACCAAGACUCCCGGUACGCAGCCGCCCGACUUCAAGGCCGCCGUCAAGCCAGGAAAGACAAACAUCGUUUGCGAAGCCGUCCUACAAAGGCUCCGUGCGCAGAGGAAGGCCAACCUCCAAAACAUUAUCACGGCCCAUGUCUGCAAGAGCCCACCUGCGCUUGACGAUGGUUUGCUCGUGGUUGCCGAGUUAAUGCAAGAGGACAGUGCCUUGGCAGAGCGCGCUGUCGAGCACAUCUGCUUCUUAGCCGACGUCAACCAGCUUUACGAUCAUGCUUUGGGACUGUACAACCUGGAUCUCACUAUCCUGGUGGCCCAACAAGCCCAGCGAGACCCCCGCGAAUACCUGCCGUUCGUUCAGGAACUCCACAAGAUGCCGACGCUAAAGAGGCAAUUCACCAUCGACGAUAAGCUCGAACACUGGGAGAAGGCUCUGGAUCACUUAAAGGCGCUUAAUGACUUUGAAGAGGUUAAGAGCUACAUCGUUGCGCACAAUCUCUACCAGUACGCCCUUGGAAUCUACCGCCACGAGGAGCAGCACCACCGCGCCAUCACCGACCUCUUUGCCGCGUAUCUUAAAUCCACAUCCCACUUCAAAGAAGCCGGCCUCGCGUACGAAUCCCUCGACAACUUCACCGACGCAACAGACUGCUACCUCAAAGCGGGAACCACCUGCUGGCGGGAAUGCCUCUACGCCGCGCAACAACAGAACCCGCCACUGUCGCCCGCCAAACUCUCCGAGAUCGCCACCUCCCUCGCCGACGCCCUCCGCGAGGCCAAGGACUACGCCUCGGCAGCCACAAUCCACCUCGACUACCUCGCCUCCGUCCCCGCCGCAAUCCAACACCUCUGCAAGGGCUACCUCUUCGCCGACGCCCUGCGGCUCGCGGCCCUCCACAACCGCGCCGACCUCCUCCCCACCGCCAUCGACACGGGCCUCACCGAGGCGCUCUCCUCCUCCACCGAAUUCCUCGCCGACUGCAAAGCCCAGCUCCACGCCCAAGUCCCCCGCAUCGCCGAACUCCGCCUCAAAGCCCGCGAGGACCCCCUCGCCUUCUACGAGGGCGAAAACCCCUUCGGCGGCGGCAACCGCACCAACGCGGACGGCACCACCGACGCCAACAUCCCCGACGACGUCUCCAUCGCGGCCUCCUCCCGCGGCGGCGGCGCCGCCAGCACCUCGGCCAGCCUGUUCACGCGCUACACCAACAAGGGGUCGGGCUCCGUCGGCACCGCGGGGACCGGCGUCUCGCGCGCGACGAGCAAGAACCGCCGGCGCGAGGAGAAGAAGCGCGCGCGCGGGCGCAAGGGCACCGUUUAUGAAGAGGAGUACCUCGUCAACUCGGUGCGGCGGCUGGUUGAGCGUGUGGCCGCGGCCGCCGCCGAGGUCGAGAGGCUUGUCUUUGGGCUCGCGCGCCGCGGCAUGGCGGAGCGGGCGCGCGCUGUCGAGGAGCUGAUGGCCGGUGUGCAGGAGGCGUGUCGGAAGGCGGUGGGGGAGGUUUGGCCUGCUGCUGGUGGUGUUGGGGAUGGUGCGGCGGUGGGGGUGGAGGAGGAGCCGACGAGGGACCCGGCUGCGGAGGGGUACCGGCCUGGUGGCGGGGAUGGGGUGUUGUUUGAUAGCUUGGAGGCGAUGCGGGCGAGGCAGACGCCGCCUGUGGUGGGGGCUUUUGAGAGGUUGUCGUUGUUGGGGAAGGGGAAGUCCGGGUGAUGAGUGGGUGAUGUCUGGGUGGGUUUGGGGUGAUAGGGUAGGCAUUUUGGGUGAGGUAAAAAAGCGUUGUUUAUUCGGCAGGGGAGAAUAAAAAGGGGUUGUUAUGUCAACACGUACUAAGUCCAUGGGGAGUUUGAAGGGGUGCUGGCAGAGUAAAGGGUGACUGAGGAGAGUUUAUUGCUUCAGUAAAACACUGUCCGAGUCUCCCUAUGAAUCAAUAUUUCCUAGAUAUAUCCAACUGGUUAACUUCGGCGAGGACCAGCAACUAACUGACUAACUCGAUGCCUCCCCACAACGCCUGGCUCGCUCAGUCCUAAUCCAACCCCCAAUAACC